AUGGCAGACCCUAUUUCAAUUCUUUCAGUGGUAGACCUCUGCUUCAAAUAUGGCACGAGACUGGUUCAAUUAUGCACCGCAGCUGCACAUGCCAAAGAUGACGUUAAAGAGAGAUCCCUCCGUGUGGAAACAUUUUGGAUGAGGACGGAGGUCCAGCUGAAUGUGGUGCGGGGUAUUGCUUCCGAGCUCAGUGAGAAGCAUCGGGUGAACCAACAUGCGACGAUUGCAAUGCUCGCCACUAAGUUGGAGAUUGCUAUCAACAGUGUCGAGUCUACCAUCAAGAGUCAUCCUGUUGGGAACCAAAAGCUGCAAAUACAUCGGUGGAAAUAUGCGUUCACGAAGGAGAAGAUUGACCGGGCCAUUGAGGAUCUCAAAGACUGGCAGGCACUAUUUGACCCAUCGUGGUUUCUGAUCAUGAAGCUCGCAAACCACCAUCAAGUCGAUGUUGGCCUAGAGAAAAGCCGAAAAUAUGCUGCUAUAGAUUUCAAUGACCCGAUACCCCCUGCGCAGGCCCUCAGGACAGCCCUAAAUCCAACAGUCACGAACGCUGCAUCGGUUUGUCUCCGAUCGGAGGCUCUCAUUUCCAUUAACCCACAAGACAUACCAUUUUGCUCAGCGCAGGUGGGCCAGAGGCCAGAAAAUGGCCAAUCGCUUAUUCUGGAACGAAUUGAACCUCUUCCAGGGGCCAAUGUCGGGGACAUGAAGAAAGAUAUACGAGAUCUCGCAAGACGGCUGAAUGCGUCUGAUGCUAUCGAAUUCGGUCUCCUUAGCUGUAAAGGUUAUAUACAACACAAGCCCGACUCUUCUCAAUCUACGCCAGAUGCGUUUACCAUCAUCUUUCGGAUGCCAGAACAACACCUUCCACAUCGCUCUCUCCGAGGUUGUUUUCAGGAUAUGAACCAUACCCACUCACUCUCCGAUCGCUUCAAACUAGCAAACGAGCUUGCUAAAGCAGUGCACUCUGUUCACUUGUUUGGAUUUGUCCACAAGAAUAUCCGUCCAGAGACAAUCUUACUUUUGGGAGGUGAUGAAUCCUCGAUUGGGUCUGCCUUUUUGAUUGGAUUCGACAGCUUCCGCAUGGCCUCAGGUCGAACUUUGCGCAAAGGUGAAGCGUCCUGGGAACGAUGUCUUUACCAACAUCCCGAUCGCAUAGGGACCAUCUCCCCCAAAGAUUAUAUCAUGCAACAUGAUAUCUACAGUCUUGGAGUAUGCUUAUUGGAGCUAGGAUUGUGGGAGUCUUUCGUGUCAUACAAUGAGUUGAGUUCAAGCAAUGACAAUGCUCUAAGCCCUACUCGCGCUUCUAUUCUUGGGACAGGUCGAGGAUUAUAUUUUCAAAAACAUCUCCUUUUCUUAGCGAAGGGUGAACUACGGAAGCGCAUGGGGACUAAAUACUCCGACGUUGUUGUCACUUGUUUGACAUGUUUGGACGCUGAAAAUGUUGACUUCGGAGACGAGGGCGAUUUCGAAGAUGUUGAUGGCAUUGAAGUAGGUGUGAGGUAUAUUGAGAAGGUAUGUUUCUUCAACCCAAAUGUAAUGCCAUUUAAGAUUGAUCUCUAA